AUGGACUCGCAACUGCCCAAUAACAAUGAAAGCAUGAAUCGCUUCAAUGACAUCAUCCAGAGCCUGCCCGCGAGAACUAGACUAACAAUAUGCUCACUUUGCCUGUUGGAUAACAUCUCCACGCAGUUGUUACGGUUUCUGAUCCUGAAUGCCAACUCCCCCAACAUCAUCGCAGUCCUAACCGAUCAGACCGCCUUCCUGAGCUCUGGCGAAACAGAAAUAUUUCAAACGCUGGUCAAGCUUUUCAAGCAGAUUAGAAUGAUCUACCACACCAGGUCCCCUUUGCUUUCGGUCCACGACGUGGCGCCCGGCUUGUGGUUCCCUAACUCACCCCCUCCGCUCAUACUAAGAGGCCACGAGGCCUUCAUCAUCACUGCCAUCAGAAAGGCCAACCUGCUGACUUUCCUGUUGACAUCGCUGAACUGUCUCAACUACGGAUUCGAGCUGCUGCAGUCGAUUUUCCUUGAUAUUUUCUGUCCGAACACAAACACUGUGGGUAACAGUUCGUUGGAACAAAGCGGGAAGUUCCUGAAAUCGCAGGCCAUCCUUUACCUCGAUCUGAAAACACAGGCCUAUAUUGCCGGGUUGAAAGAGUUUCAGGACGAGGCAAACGAAAUAUCCCUGGAGAAAAAGCAAGAGCUACUGGACUUAAUUUUCCCAUCUAACCUAGCCGAUAUUCUCGUGCGAAGAAGAACCGGAGAUUCUGGAGACAUCACACUUUUAACUCCAUCGGAAAAGGACUUCGUUGAAAGGUGUGAUCGUCGUAGAGAAAAUCUGAAGAUUGUUCAGGAUUUCAACUCUUUGACUCAAAGCUACGAAUGGGCUCAGUUCAUAAGAGAACUGCUGGACUACUGUAAUAAGAACAUGGGUCUCAUCAUUUGGGGCAGAAAGGGCCGCGGAAAAUCGCCACUUUAUGAAUUCGACUCCAAUGAGUUCGACCCUCAAGUGCUUUUCUCCACGGGCGCGAAGACUCUAGAAUUUAUGGACGAUCAGAACCAGCCGAACGGUGGGUCUGCAUUUUUGUCAUCUUCUCGCCCCAGCCAUUUCGACAAUCAAGCAUCUUCUACAGAUACAACCUCUAAAAACCCCGCCAUCACACAAUCUAUCGUGGAUGCUGCCGUUGCGGCCUCGAUGAGUAAUAGCGGCUCAGGCCCCAGCUCCGCCCGCAGCAACAGUAACACUGGCAACAAUAAUGGUAGUAUCGGGUUAAGGAAACCAAAAGCAAAGAGAACCUGGUCCAAAGAGGAAGAAGAGGCGCUUGUGGAAGGUCUUAAAGAAGUCGGUCCAUCAUGGUCCAAGAUUCUGGAUUUAUACGGUCCUGGUGGUAAAAUUACUGAAAAUUUGAAGAACAGAACCCAAGUCCAAUUAAAGGAUAAAGCGCGCAAUUGGAAACUGCAAUACUUGAAGAGUGGUAAACCGCUCCCUGACUAUUUGAUAAAAGUCACGGGUAAUUUGGAAAAAAUCUACAAAGCAAAGAAGAAAUUCUCGCAAUCUCCAAGCUCAUCUAGUAUCAUGGAACAAAAUUUAUCUCAACGCCCCUCAUCUUCAGGUGCUUCUGCUAAUAACGAUGACACCCAGUCUCACCGGGAUGAUUCUCAUGGUCAAAGCAAUGAUAAUAUGCCGUCUAAUGGGCUUUUCGGAACAAGCACAUCAGACAAUACUGGGUUUGAUCCUCAUCUAGAAGAUGGGAUGUAA